CUUUUCUUGAUUAGUUUAUUCAGUCAUGUCUACACCCUCACACAUAUAUAUACACACAGAAUUUGUGUGUAUAAUCGUCGUCUCCCACAUGAAAACACAUCUCUGUACUCUGCAGCUAAAUACGUCUUUCUCACUCUACAUCUCUCCGUUUCCCACUUGAAGCUAUCUCUCUCCACAAUCCACCCUGACACAGCGCCAGAGCGCACAAAAAACAACUUUUUUCUUGUCGAAUUAGUUUAAACCAUGAAGUGUUUCCAGUUAUUCGGCAAACAGAAGCUCAAGUGCGGCGAUUCAGCUCCGGAAUUGAGCGGCCGAAGCAGAAGGAUAAGCAGCGAUGAAGGCGCCAGAAACCGCGCGGCUCAAUCGGCGGCCGGCAGCUCGUGUUCCCCUCGCCGGACAAUACCUGAGAUUUACAGAGAGAGGGAGCACGGCCUGCGGGUGUUUUCUCUGUCGGAGCUCCGUGAGGCGACCAACAAUUUCAACAGGCUGCUUAAAAUCGGCGAGGGCGGGUUUGGAACCGUUUAUAAGGGCUCCCUUAAACCCGCCCCGCCAAAUCGGCCCAACAUUGUCGCCAUUAAGAAGCUCAAUACCCGUGGGCUGCAGGGCCACAAGCAAUGGGUUGCUGAGGUACAAUUCCUUGGUGUACUGGAUCACCCCAAUCUCGUGAAGCUUUUAGGAUACUGUUCCUUAGAUGGAGAGCGGGGAAUACAACGGCUCUUGGUUUAUGAAUACAUGCCUAAUAAAAGCUUGGAGGACCAUCUUUUUAACCAUGCUGUGCCAACAAUUCCUUGGCUAACCAGAAUAAACAUUAUCCUUGGGUCGGCUCAAGGAAUGGCAUAUUUGCACGAGGGCUCUGAAGUCCAGGUGAUAUAUCGAGAUUUCAAAUCCUCCAAUGUGCUACUGGACAAGGACUUCAAUGCCAAACUCUCUGACUUUGGGCUGGCAAGAGAAGGCCCAAUUGGGGAUCGCACACACGUAUCUACUGCGCCCAUCGGUACACGUGGAUAUGCGGCCCCAGAAUACGUCGAGACUGGCCAUUUGUCAGUAAAGAGUGACAUAUGGAGCUUUGGUGUUGUUCUAUAUGAGAUACUGACAGGAAGGCGUACAUUGGAAAGACAUCUCCCCUUGUCUGAGAGAAAGCUACUGGAAUGGGUAAAGCUUUUUCCGGCCGAUAGCAAGAGGUUUAGCACGAUUAUCGAUCCACGCCUCCAUAACCAAUAUUCCUUGACUGCUGCUCGGAGGAUUGCGAAAUUGGCUGACAUGUGCUUGAACAAAAACCCGAAGGAUCGGCCCACAAUGACUCAAGUUGUGGAGAUCUUGAAGCAAGCAAUGGAAGACUCCCAAGAAUUUUCUCGUUCUUCGUCAAUGACAACAAAUGACUCAAAUGAAAUGUUAGCAGCUUCCCGACACCUACCUCAGAUGGCACAGGCAAGUUUUCUCGAAUAUUUGUUCAGUUUUUGAAUUUGGAAGGGCUCUCCUUCUCGGCUAACCAUCCCCUUUUCUUUUAUUGAAAAAUAUGACAGGCUUGAAUAUGUGAUGGAUAGUUGUCCGAUGAAGUUUUGCUACUUGGAAAUUAUGCUCGUGUUCAUGUACAUAUGAGUAUCUUUAGAAUACCUCUGGAUCCAGAGGUAUU